GAAAAAAAUCAGAGAGAUCGAUAGCAUUAUAUAUACAUUGGAAACAAAGACUAGGGUUUUAGUUUUAGCUUUGGAAAUCUUUCUGACCCCUUUGAUUUUCCGAGAAAGAAAAAAACAGUCAGAGAGAAAAACCAUGUUUCCAGGAAUGUUCAUGCGGAAGCCAGACAAGGCUGUGGCUCUUAAGCAGCUAAAGAGCCACGUGGCGAUGUUCGGGGCUUGGGUCGCUAUGAUCCGAGUCGCUCCCUAUAUCCUUCACUAUCUAUCUGGUGAGAAAGAUGAGCUCAAGCUCGAGCUCUAGAUCCCCUCCUCUAUGAGUUUCACUAUGGAGAGUAUGCCUGGGAAAAGAAUUGAUUUGGAAUGGGGAGGCAAUAGUGAGCAUUUAUUUAUUUUUCCUCUCUUUUUGGUUUUAUCCUAGAAUAUUGUGAGGCUAGUGUGUCCUUGCACUAGGUCACGUUUCUUUAAGCUUAUCUAACAUUUAUGGUUCAUGUUAUUUAUGGAUUCAAUUUCAAUCGCUGUAUGUGUUAUUGGAUUGGUGGUAGCAGGAUAUAUAAUUUGACUUGUCGACAUGAUUUUAUA